GAAUAUCCAUAGUUAGCAAUACUUUUAUCGUUUAAUGCAGCGAUAUAGCCAGUUAUCAAUGCUACAUAGUAGAUUUUAGCCUGUUCCAAUCAUCCUUAUAUCGCGUUAAUGGAAUUUAUGAAAUUGCCUACCGUUCAAAUCGCUCUCUGUUGUUAGCACCACACUGAUUAACUACGAUGUUCCAAUUUUUUAGAAUUAUGUCCGACAUAAUUCUAAUUUUUGCUGUUACAGCAGAUAGUUAUGGUGUAAUGGCACGCAGGAAUAAGUCAUCCCUGUCCUCCAAAAAGCCCAUGAAAAGGAAGAAUUGAAGCAAUCUCAAAAGAAAAGAAGGGAAUCUGGAUCCUUCGUCGGAUCGUCAAAGAGCUUAGAGGGGAGCUCUACGCUUCACUGGCCAUGCAAAGCAGGGAGAGUGACGGAGGCGGAGGCACUGCUGGCUGCUGGAACGGACAUUAACAAGCUGGACAGAACGCAGUUUAACCCUUUCAUGGACGCGAUCAACUCAGGUAAAUCAUUCGACCGCCUUAACAAUAUGGGUUUAUUGGUAAUAGUAGCAAGAGGUUUUAGUCAUGCGUUUGAUUACAGCACAGUGUGAAACCCUGAAGCAUACGUCGAGCUCUAAACUCUGUUUUGUCUAAUAAUCAAUUAUUUGAAUAUUGAAGGAUUAAAUUUGGUAACUUGAUGAUCACACAAUUAACAGGACAGGUCGACUGUGCUAGAUGGCUGCUGAGGCAAGACGGUUUAAAGCUUCAGACCGAGAUAUGGUCGUUUUGUAGGGAGAGGGUGCUAGAGUCAUUGCUAACAGCUUAACAGAAGGUAAAAUCCUGAACUUUUGUUCAUUGAUUAAAAAUCACCAUUCAGACAUACAAUCGUUCAGAUGUAAAAAUUAUUUAUUCACUAUUUUGGAUUACAUUUAGUUACAGGACUAACAUGCGACAUCCGUCGUUGACCUUUGUCUUUAAUUCAACAAGGUAGGGAGAGCGAUCCAUGGCUGUCCCGAUAGACCCACUCAGACUCCUGCCGGAAGAUACUCCUCCGGUUGAUCCAGAUGAGACAGUUCUAGCAGAUGAUCAGUUACAGACUGAAGAACAUAUCCCACAGAUCAAUGCGUCAACAUCUGCAAAUGAAGCUGAUAUCAGAAUCGACAUGAUGAUGGUACUACACGAGAUGCUCAUGGAAAAGGUCUCCGUUUGCUUUCCUCCUCCCACGAGCAGUACAAAGUGUGGGUUCAACUUUAAUCUGAUAGAAGAUAUCGUAUGCGGAACCCAAGCCCGGCCAUGUCUGUACAUAAUAACGAAAGAAACCGGUUAUGCUGCGAGGGCGUUUACCUCGAUAGAUGUUGAAAAUGCCCACAGCAUUAUAAAUCAUUUGGACCGCCGAGGGGUCCAAAACUCCUCAAUCGAAGAGCUUAGUAGACAUGCCAGCAACCUACAGAGACUUCAAAUUCUCAGGAAACCUCUCUAGGACGGAAGCUUUAUACUCCGACAUCCACAAUUUACCACGCCCCUGAGAUCGACAAAGGUCUUUCUGAUAGAUUGACUUCCAGCCAAUUCGAUCUAUCGAAGCCGAGUGGGAAGAACAAAGAACUGAAACCCCAUGGUCGCAACGAUGCUCCUCGCGGACAAGGGAGAGUUAGGGCCAUCGGUGGUCACAAGACUGGAUAAUAUUUAUUUUUUAAGCGUUGAGGUUGUCACGAAAGCGUACUGUAACGGGACUAUCAGAUUUGAGUGAUUUGAUUUUGUGAUUUGCAGUUCACGUGAUUUUAUUGUGAUUUUAGACUGUAAAAACUAUAAAGGUUCAAGUUGAACUAUCGUCGCCAUGAUUAUGUAUUUUGGAACUGUUCACGUUGAAAUUGCUUCGUUAA